AUGGCGUACUAUGAUGACGUAGACCGGCCGCGCUGGAAACUGCGACAGCCGUAUGACUUACGGUUUUACCGCAACGAAAAACCCUGCGAACGCCUGAGGCAGACGAAAUCCAGAGGAAACAGAAGACUAGAAGCUGCCCACGGGGAUACAGGUAAGCAGAGUGGCGUGAGGUGGACCGGAAGUGACGAUCUUUCUCCAAGCAACUCGCCAGACCUAACAG